AUUUUCGUGAAAAUUCUUUUGUUUUAAAACAAAAGUUUUUCUUACGAAUUUGAAAAAUUACAACAACAAAAAUCAUAAUGACGCGUUAUGUGCUUCUAUUAUUCGUAAUGAUCCUAUCCAUGACAAUUAGUUCAGUGUUAAUGGACGUUACGAAAUAUACGUCAAAAUACGAUGACGUAGAUGUGGACAAGAUUUUACAUACACCUCGUUUACUUAAUCAAUAUGUUAAUUGUUACACAGAGAAAGGACCAUGUUUAACAGCAGAAGCGAAAUUUAUGAAAGAUAUAUUUGCAGAAGCUUUGGUAACCAAAUGCGUCAAGUGUACGGAUAAACAAAAAAUUAUAUUUGACAAGAUAAUUACUUGGUUCGAGGAAAAUGACAAAGAAACUUGGAAAACUAUACUGUCUAUAGCCAUUAACAAACAUUUAAAUAAAAAAGCAUCAUAACUCAUAUCUCUCGAUAAUCGUAAUGAGUCCAAUUAUUGAUUAUGUUUGAAAUCAAAACGUUAAAGGGAAAGGGAAGGUAUUAAAGAAGGAGCUAAUACGACAUAUGUGGAUAUCUAUAAAUUAGUUUUUUCAUUUUCCUUGUUAUAAAUAAAAUU